AAAUUGAAUCAACUAAAAUCAAUGUAAAGUAUUAGUAAUAAAAACAUUAUGGCAGACGAUAGCUGGGCUUGUAAAUUCACCGAACGAAAAUUUUGCUACAUUAAAAAUACUCGUAAGCGGAACAAAGAAUACAGAAGCAAAGAGCUGAAAAUAUUGUACACAAAUGAAAAGAUGAAAUUUCAACCACCAACCGAUUAUACUAUUACUGAAGAAACAGCGUACAAAAACUAUGAAGAGAGUCCUUGUAAUGGUUGUGAAAACGUUUGUAUAUACGUUCACAAUAAGAAAGUUAAACACAGGAGGCGAACUAAGUACAAAGUGUACAAAUAUUCUAAGGAACAAUUAUUGCUAAAUCAUGUUAGCUCUUCAAAGAAAUCUAGAGAUUAUUAUAAUCGCUACAGUAUGCCUGAUCUAAAAUACAGUUGCUCGGGUAAGCCUAAGUUCAUUGUAAAGGGCUCCGAUAUAAUUAGACAAAAGUCUUACAACCCUUUUAAUACAAAUUUCACAGUAAAUAUAGUGUCUGAUUAUAACGUACCAGAAUGCUUAAAGACGUACAAUAACCCCAUGAUGCAAGCACGGUGGAGGGUGUACAGAUGCCAAUUUGGUGCUAAAGAAGAAAGUUGUUGCUGUUCGUGUAAUUCUGAUGCCAUGUUUGAAGUAAUGAAAAGUCUUUAUGACUGCUAUAAGAAGAAGAACUGUGAUAAUUGUAACUGUAUACUUUGCGGUCACAUGCCAAGGGAAGAAAGACGGUUAGGUGAAAUAAGAAAAUCCGCCGCAGCUUUAGAAACGGCUAGCGUAAGGGAACGAAAGAAAGAAAUAGCUAAAAGAACCAAAGAAGCAGUUGCCGCCAUGGAAGGUAAAUCACCAGCAGAAAAAGAGAAAAUUCUUAAAGACCUAGCGAUGUCCGGAGUACCUUUGCCGGAAGCAAAAACAGACUCCGAAAGAGCUUUAAUGAAUAAAGUAAGAACCGAACUUGGUUUACCGCCUGAACCACAAACUGCAGCUGAAAAAGAAAAAAUGAAAAAGGCAGAGGCUGCCGGAGCUUUAAUUCCAUUAGAAGGUAAAACUGCAGCAGAAAAAGAAAAAAUAUUGAAGAAACAAGCCGAACUUGGUAUUCAACUUCCAGAAGGUAGGACGCCUUCUGAAAAAGCUUUGAUUCAAAAAAUCAAAACGGCAGUGGGUGUAGCACCAUCUGAAAAACGAGUACCGUCAGAAAAACUGCGUAAAGCUAAGGCUGCUGGCCUGUUGACGCCAUUAGAUGGCAAGACUAAAGAGCAAAAAGAAAAAAUACUCAAAGGUUUGGCAAUGGCUGGUAUACCUUUACCUGAAGGAAAAACUCCGUCAGAAAAGAAGUUGAUAGAUAAAGUCAGAACCGAAGUUGGUUUGCCACCACAACCUAAAACGGCAGCCGAAAAAGAAAAAUAUAAAAAAGCCACAGCGGCUGGUAUAAUCACGCCACUAGAAGGAAAAUCUGCAGCGGAGAAAGAGAAAAUAUUAAAAGCCCAACAUGAUAUGGGUUUACCAUUACCUGAAGGAAGAACGGCUUCUGAGAAAGCUCUUAUAGCCAAAAUAAAAUCAAGAAAACCAUCUGUAGCUGUUGGAACACCAUCAGAAAAAUUGAAAAAAGCCAAAGCUGCAGGUUUAAUUACUCCAUUAGAAGGUAAAACUCCAGAGCAAAAAGAAAAAAUAAUUAGAGGCCUCGCCAUGCAAGGUUUGCCUUUACCAGAAGGAAAGACAGCGUCAGAAAAGAAACUAAUUGACAAAGUCAGAGCAGACCUUGGACUGCCUCCAGAGCCAAAAACUGCUGCAGAAAAAGACAAAUAUAAUAAAGCACUAGCUGCCGGCAUGAUAGAACCACUAGAAGGAAAAACACCAGCCCAGAAAGAGAAAAUUCUAAAAGCUCAACACGACAUGGGAAUUCCUUUGCCAGAAGGAAGAACACCUUCAGAAAAGGCCCUGAUUGCAAAAAUAAAAGCAACACCCCCAGGAGCACCCGUGGGUAUUCCGUCUGAAAAAUUACGAAAAGCUAAAGCAGAAGGAUUAUUAACUCCGCUAACGGGAAAAACCCCAGAGCAAAAAGAAAAGAUUUUAAGAGGGUUGGCUAUGCAAGGUUUACCACUCCCAGAAGGGAAAACCGCUUCUGAAAAGAAACUUAUAGACAAGGUCAGAGCUGAUCUAGGACUCCCACCCGAACCGAAAACAGCGGCAGCAAGAGAUAAGUACAACAAAGCUUUGGCCGCUGGCGCCAUAGUUCCACUAGAAGGCAAAUCCGGUCCAGAAAAGGAAAAAAUAUUAAAAGCACAACACGACAUGGGCAUACCCCUCCCUGAAGGUCGUACACCAUCUGAAAAAGCUUUAAUAGCUAAAAUUAAAGCAAUGCCAAGGGCACCAUCAGCGGCUCCAGUAGCGACCCCAUCAGAAAAAAUGAAAAAAGCAAAAGCAGCUGGUUUGAUUACCCCACUAGCUGGGAAGACACCUGAACAAAAGGAAAAGAUUAUAAGAGGAUUAGCCAUGCAAGGUAUGCCAUUACCAGAGGCAAAAACAGCAUCCGAGAAAAAACUUAUCGAUAAAGUCAGAGCUGAUCUUGGUCUUCCACCAGAACCAAAGACUGCCGCUGAAAAAGAUAAAUAUAAUAAAGCUUUAGCUGCAGGUGUUAUAGAACCGCUAGAAGGGAAAACACCAUCCCAAAAAGAGAAGAUUUUGAAAGCCCAACACGAUAUGGGAAUACCUUUACCAGAAGGAAGGACUCCCUCGGAGAAGGCUUUGAUAGCGAAAAUUAGAGCAACACCUCCAGGAGCACCAAUAGGAAUCCCUUCAGAAAAAUUACGAAAGGCAAAAGCAGCAGGAUUAAUCACUCCGCUAACAGGAAAAACUCCAGAGCAAAAAGAAAAGAUUAUAAGAGGAUUGGCUAUGCAAGGCUUACCACUCCCGGAAGGAAAAACCGCAUCUGAGAAGAAACUUAUCGACAAGGUCAGAGCUGAUCUAGGACUCCCACCCGAACCGAAAACAGCGGCAGCAAGAGAUAAGUACAACAAAGCUUUGGCGGCUGGCGUCAUAGUUCCACUAGAAGGCAAAUCCGGUCCAGAAAAGGAAAAGAUAUUAAAAGCACAACACGACAUGGGUAUACCCCUGCCUGAAGGUCGUACUCCUUCUGAAAAAGCUUUAAUAGCUAAAAUUAAAGCGAUGCCAAGGGCACCAUCAGCUGCUCCUGUAGCAAUUCCAUCCGAAAAACUUAGAAAAGCAAAGGCAGCUGGAUUGAUUACUCCCUUAGAGGGAAAAACUCCAGAACAAAAAGAAAAAAUACUACGUGGAUUGGCCAUGUCCGGUUUACCGCUCCCAGAAGGAAAGACAGCAUCUGAGAGAAAAUUAAUUGAUAAGGUCAGGGCUGACGUUGGUCUGCCUCCUGAACCAAGGACUGCCGCUGAAAGAGAUAAAUAUAACAAAGCUUUAGCUGCAGGUGUUAUAGAACCGCUAGAAGGGAAAACACCAGCCCAAAAAGAGAAAAUUUUGAAAGCUCAACAUGAUAUGGGAAUACCUUUACCAGAAGGAAGGACCGCAUCAGAGAAAGCAUUAAUAGCAAAAAUCAAAGCAGCACCUCCAGGAGCACCAGUGGGGAUCCCUUCAGAAAAAUUACGGAAGGCAAAAGCAGCAGGAUUAAUCACUCCGCUAACGGGAAAGACCCCCGAGCAAAAAGAAAAAAUUAUAAGAGGAUUGGCUAUGCAAGGCUUACCACUUCCAGAAGGAAAAACCGCUUCUGAAAAGAAACUUAUUGACAAGGUCAGAGCUGAUCUAGGACUCCCACCCGAACCGAAAACAGCGGCAGCAAGAGAUAAGUACAACAAAGCUUUGGCGGCUGGCGUCAUAGUUCCACUAGAAGGCAAAUCCGGUCCAGAAAAGGAAAAGAUAUUAAAAGCACAACACGACAUGGGUAUACCCCUGCCUGAAGGUCGUACUCCUUCUGAAAAAGCUUUAAUAGCUAAAAUUAAAGCGAUGCCAAGGGCACCAUCAGCUGCUCCUGUAGCAAUUCCAUCCGAAAAACUUAGAAAAGCAAAGGCAGCUGGAUUGAUUACUCCCUUAGAGGGAAAAACUCCAGAACAAAAAGAAAAAAUACUACGUGGAUUGGCCAUGUCCGGUUUACCGCUCCCAGAAGGAAAGACAGCAUCUGAGAGAAAAUUAAUUGAUAAGGUCAGGGCUGACGUUGGUCUGCCUCCUGAACCAAGGACUGCCGCUGAAAGAGAUAAAUAUAACAAAGCUUUAGCUGCAGGUGUUAUAGAACCGCUAGAAGGGAAAACACCAGCCCAAAAAGAGAAAAUUUUGAAAGCUCAACAUGAUAUGGGAAUACCUUUACCAGAAGGAAGGACCGCAUCAGAGAAAGCAUUAAUAGCAAAAAUCAAAGCAGCACCUCCAGGAGCACCAGUGGGGAUCCCUUCAGAAAAAUUACGGAAGGCAAAAGCAGCAGGAUUAAUCACUCCGCUAACGGGAAAGACCCCCGAGCAAAAAGAAAAAAUUAUAAGAGGAUUGGCUAUGCAAGGCUUACCACUUCCAGAAGGAAAAACCGCUUCUGAAAAGAAACUUAUUGACAAGGUCAGAGCUGAUCUAGGACUCCCACCCGAACCGAAAACAGCGGCAGCAAGAGAUAAGUACAACAAAGCUUUGGCGGCUGGCGUCAUAGUUCCACUAGAAGGCAAAUCCGGUCCAGAAAAGGAAAAAAUAUUAAAAGCGCAGCACGACAUGGGCAUACCCCUCCCUGAAGGUCGUACACCGUCUGAAAAAGCUUUGAUAGCUAAAAUCAAAGCAAUGCCAAGGGCACCAUCAGCAGCUCCUGUUGCAAUCCCAUCCGAAAAACUUAGAAAAGCAAAAGCAGCCGGUCUGAUUACUCCAUUAACGGGAAAAACUCCAGAACAAAAAGAGAAAAUACUACGUGGAUUAGCCAUGCAAGGUUUACCGUUACCAGAAGGGAAAACACCAUCUGAGAGAAAAUUGAUCGACAAAGUUAGGGCCGACCUUGGCCUUCCCCCCGAGCCAAAAAGUGCCGCUGAAAAAGACAAAUAUAAUAAAGCUUUAGCUGCAGGUGUUAUAGAACCGCUAGAAGGGAAAACACCAGCCCAAAAAGAGAAGAUUUUGAAAGCCCAACACGAUAUGGGAAUACCUUUGCCAGAAGGAAGGACUCCCUCGGAGAAGGCUUUGAUAGCGAAAAUUAAAACAACACCUCCAGGAGCACCAGUGGGAAUCCCUUCAGAAAAAUUACGAAAGGCAAAAGCAGCAGGAUUAAUCACUCCGCUAACAGGAAAAACCCCAGAGCAAAAGGAAAAGAUUAUAAGAGGAUUGGCUAUGCAAGGCUUACCACUCCCGGAAGGAAAAACCGCAUCUGAGAAGAAACUUAUUGACAAGGUUAGAGCUGAUCUAGGACUCCCACCCGAACCGAACCCAUCCGAAAAACUUAGAAAAGCAAAAGCAGCCGGCCUGAUUACUCCAUUAACGGGAAAAACUCCAGAACAAAAAGAAAAAAUACUACGUGGAUUAGCCAUGCAAGGUUUACCAUUACCAGAAGGGAAAACACCAUCUGAGAGAAAAUUGAUCGACAGAGUUAGGGCCGACCUUGGCCUUCCCCCCGAGCCGAAAAGCGCCGCUGAAAGAGACAAAUAUAAUAAAGCUUUAGCUGCAGGUGUUAUAGAACCGCUAGAAGGGAAAACACCAGCCCAGAAAGAGAAGAUUUUGAAAGCCCAACACGAUAUGGGAAUACCUUUACCAGAAGGAAGGACUCCAUCGGAAAAAGCGUUAAUAGCAAAAAUUAAAGCAGCACCUCCAGGAGCACCAGUGGGGAUCCCGUCAGAAAAAUUACGAAAAGCAAAAGCAGCAGGAUUACUAACUCCGUUAACAGGAAAAACCCCAGAGCAAAAAGAAAAGAUUUUAAGAGGAUUGGCUAUGCAAGGCUUACCAUUGCCAGAGGGGAAAACGGCAUCAGAAAAGAAACUUGUUGAUAAAGUAAGGGCAGAUCUAGGGCUUCCACCAGAACCAAAAACUGCAGCAGAAAAAGAUAAGUAUAACAAGGCUUUGGCAGCAGGAAUAAUAGAACCUUUAGAAGGAAAAUCAGGACCAGAAAAAGAAAAAAUUCUAAAAGCACAACACGACAUGGGUAUCCCAUUACCUGAAGGUCGAACACCAUCUGAAAAAGCUUUAAUUGCUAAAAUUAAAGCAAUGCCCCGAGCGCCAUCAGAAGCUGUGGGUGUACCAUCCGAAAAACUUAGGAAAGCUAAGGCAGCUGGUCUUAUCACCCCAUUAGCAGGAAAAUCACCCGAACAAAAAGAAAAAAUUAUAAGAGGUUUAGCAAUGCAAGGUUUGCCUCUUCCUGAGGCUAAGACACCAUCCGAGAAAAAACUAAUUGACAAAGUGCGAGCCGAACUUGGCUUGCCCCCAGAACCUAAAACAGCUGCUGAAAGACAAAAGUACAAUAAAGCUUUGGCAGCUGGUAUAAUUGCACCGUUAGAAGGAAAAUCCGGUCCAGAGAAAGAAAAAAUGUUAAAAGCCCAACACGACAUGGGCAUCCCGCUACCUGAAGGGCGCACCCCGUCUGAAAAAGCACUUAUAGCCAAAAUCAAAGCUACGCCAAGAGCUCCGUCAGCGGUUGGAAUACCAUCAGAAAAGUUACGGAAAGCUAAAGCAGCGGGACUUAUUACACCUUUAGAAGGCAAAACUCCCGAGCAAAAGGAGAAAAUAUUAAAAGGCCUUGCCAUGCAAGGUUUGCCGCUUCCAGAAGGAAAGACACCCUCAGAAAAAAAAUUAAUAGACAAAGUUAGAGCUGACCUGGGUCUUCCACCCGAACCAAAAACAGCGGCAGCAAAGGAUAAGUAUAAUAAAGCUUUAGCAGCCGGAAUCAUUGUACCAUUAGAAGGUAAAUCGGGUCCAGAAAAAGAAAAAAUUCUAAAAGCGCAGCACGAUAUGGGUAUUCCACUUCCAGAAGGUCGUACACCUUCUGAAAAAGCUUUAAUAGCCAAAAUUAAAGCAAUGCCUAAAGCUCCCUCGGCUGUAGCAAUACCCUCAGAAAAGUUAAGAAAAGCUAAAGCCGCGGGAUUAAUUACUCCACUAACAGGGAAAACGCCAGAACAAAAAGAAAAGAUUUUAAGAGGAUUGGCUAUGCAAGGUUUACCAUUGCCAGAGGGAAAAACGGCAUCUGAAAAGAAACUUAUAGAUAAAGUCAGAGCAGAUCUAGGACUUCCACCAGAACCAAAAACCGCAGCAGCAAGAGAUAAAUAUAACAAAGCUUUAGCAGCAGGAAUAAUAGAACCAUUAGAAGGAAAAUCUGGACCCGAAAAAGAAAAGAUCUUAAAGGCUCAGCAUGACAUGGGCAUACCACUACCCGAAGGUCGAACUCCAUCAGAAAAAGCUUUAAUAGCAAAAAUUAAAGCUACACCGAGGGCUCCCUCGGUAGCGCCAGCUGCAAUACCAUCAGAAAAAAUGCGAAAAGCGAAAGCAGAAGGCUUGUUGACGCCGUUAGAAGGCAAAACUCCAGAUCAAAAAGAAAAAAUAAUAAGAGGCCUAGCUAUGAAAGGUUUGCCUCUACCCGAAGGCAAGACUGCAUCUGAAAAAAAAUUGAUUGACAAAGUUAGAGCAGACCUCGGCCUUCCGCCGGAACUAAAGACAGCCGCUGAAAAAGACAAGUAUAAUAAAGCUUUAGCUGCAGGUAUUAUAGAACCACUAGAAGGGAAAACACCAGCCCAAAAAGAGAAAAUUUUGAAAGCUCAACAUGACAUGGGUAUUCCCUUGCCCGAAGGUCGAACACCAUCCGAAAAAGCUCUUAUAGCUAAAAUCAAAGGUCGAGCGCCGUCAGAAGCGAUGGCAAUACCAUCUGAAAAAUUACGAAAAGCUAAAGCUGCUGGACUUAUCACACCAUUAACAGGAAAGACUCCAGAGCAAAAGGAAAAAAUUAUUCGGGGGCUAGCUAUGCAAGGUUUGCCACUACCCGAGGCAAAAACAGCAUCCGAAAGGAAAUUAAUUGACAAAGUUCGAGCAGACUUAGGAUUACCUCCAGAACCUAAAACACCUUCAGAAAAACAGAAAUAUAAUAAAGCAUUGGCAGCGGGAAUUAUAGGCCCAUUAGAAGGAAAAUCAGGACCAGAGAAAGAAAAAAUGUUAAAAGCACAACACGACAUGGGCAUCCCAUUGCCAGAGGGUAGAACUCCCUCUGAGAAAGCUUUGAUAGCCAAAAUAAAAGCAGAAAGAGAGCCGUCUGCCAAAGCAGCUCGACCAUCUGCAAAACCUAUUCCAUCAGAAAAAUUAAAAAAGGCAAAAGCUGCAGGUUUAUUGACGCCAUUAGAAGGCAAGACGCCGGCAGAAAAAGAGAAAAUCAUUCGAGGACUAGCACAAGCAGGCUUGCCACUUCCAGAAGGAAAGACAGCAUCUGAAAAAUCAAUGAUUCGAAAAAUUCGGGGAGAAUUGGGAAUACCUCCUGAAGCAAAAACUCCAUCCGAAAGAGAAGUUAUAAAAAAAGCUAAAGCAGAAGGUUUGUUAACGCCACUCAAGGGAAAGACUCCAGAACAAAAAGAGAAAAUAAUAAGGGGUUUAGCAGAAGCUGGGCUACCAAUACCCGAAGGGACAACCCCAUCCGAAAAAGAAUUAAUAAAGAAAAUAAGGACUGAAGUAGGUCUUCCGCCUGAAGCAACUCCUUCGGAAAAAAGAAGAGGCAUUAAAACUAAAGCAAAAAAACCACCAGAAUUUGGGGUAGCUCCUGAGGCUGUUACCCCUUCAGAAAAAGCAAUAGUUAAAAAAGCAAAAGCUGAUGGUUUAAUAACACCAUUAACAGGAAAGACUCCAGCUCAAAAAGAAAAAAUAAUAAGAGGUUUAGUUCAGGCUGGAUUACCAAUUCCUGAAGGCAAAACUGCAUCCGAAAAGGAGUUAAUAAAGAAAAUACGUACUGAAGCUGGUCUUCCGCCUGAACCGACACCAUCUGAAAAAAAGGGUAAAAUCAGAACUAAAUCAAAAAAGGUGGGAGUAGCUGGAGCUAGGAAAAGUGUUAAAGGUGUUGCUGCUGUAAAAUCAAAAGUAGCAGGCAUAUCGGAAGAAUUCCAAGAUAUAAUAAAAACUACAACAUGUGAUCGAGGAUGUGGGUGUGAUAAAAAGAAAAUAAGAUUCAAACACAGUUACGUCAAAAUAAGAGUUACAUCCCCAGAUAUAUCUUCUCUUUGCCCAUGCCCUGAAGAAUGCGUGCCAGGAGUUAAAGGAGGGGUGUUUGUAGAUAAUGAAGGAAUUAAGGUGACUGUUGGAAGAGCUGUAGGUGUUCCAUCUUUUUCAAUGGAACAAUCACGAAGGAAAAGAUACGAGACAGCGCAAUAUUAUGGAAACGAAGAAAACUUAGGGUCUAUUAAUUUAGCCCAUAAGUCUAUUAAUAAGAGGAAGGGUAUUUACUCACAACCUAAAAUAAAAGCACAUCGCAAUAGUCGGAAAAAAGAUGACAUAGAAUAUUUAUUAAAGUAUAAUGUUAAUUUUACAACUACAUCAGAAGAAGAUCUUUCCGAAACUUCUGAAUAUGUUUUUGAAGAUACCUCUUUCGAUGAUAUUUAUGACUCUUACAUAGAUUUGCACAGACUUGAAACUGAUAAUACUUACAUCACAGAGUCGUAUGACCACUCUUACUGCUUAUUUUCUGAAGGUCAAACAACACCACCCAUCUUCCAAAGCCAAUCGCAAACUACGAUUGCUACAUCUAUCAGAUCAUCGAGCUACGAAUCUAUAUUCAUAGUAAAGACCGAUUCUUCAGUGAGUUUAUCUACAGGUUCUUAUAUCGCAGAAGAAGACACCAUAAGUGUGGUUUCAUUUAUCGAUAGUGAAUUUUCUUCAGACGCAAGUCAUUAUUUAAUAUCUGCACGUGAUACGUACAGCGUACUCACAAUGGAUGAAUCUGGUAUAAUAACAGACACGCUUGACUACGACACAUCGGAAACACUGAAAAGCCACAGUUACAUUCGCGAUAUUCUGAUUAUUUCCUCGGACGAGUACAAUAACCAGCAUUGUGAAAAACGCAAGAAAAAGAAUAAAGAUACAAACGACGUAUUAAUAUUCAGAUUGUCUCAAACUGAUGCACCUAAAGAUGGAGCAGAAGGAAGUGAAAGCUAUAAUAGAAAAGACUCUGUCAUGGUUAUUCAUGACUUCAAUAGUGAUCACAGCAUGUUAGAUGUCGUGAAUGAAUUGUUGUUACGAAAGAAAUUGCCAGAAGAUUCGUCUGUUUAUUUGGUAGUGCCAACAUCCGACGAAUAUGAUACCGAUAGUUCUGUUGAUGGAGCAGAUUCUACUAUUUGCAUACAAAUAUCCGAAAACAUCUCUAAAUGGGACCGGAAAAUGAGUCGCUAUGACGCUCCCGGAGGAAUAAAACUCAGAUCGAAAGGUAAAAGACCACACAUUUACGGAGAUAUAUCGAAGUUGGUUGAUGAAGAAGCUUUACAGCAAUGUAUGGAGAAACAAAUAAAAAACGAUGAAAUAACUAGUCACUACGCUACUAAAGAAACUAUUACAUUGAAGCCAGUAAAACAACUAAGAGCUGUAAGCGUCGAUACGAUCCGAGACAGGCCGUGCUGUUGCACACCAAAAGAACAGAGCACAGAAAUUAUACCGAUAAUCGAAGAAUGCGUUCCAAGUAUUCCAACGAUUGCUUCAGAAUUAAUUACCCCCAUAAUAGCAAAACAAGGAGCCGCUCAAGGUUUACAUCGUGAAGUAUACGUCAAGUGUCCUCGUAAAAGCUCAAAAUCUCUGACAUCAUCACAGCAUAGGAAAUUCACCGCCCAGAAAACUCCCAUAAGAGUGUGUCGUGUACCGCACAACGCAGCAACCCCUUCUCAAUCACGUAUGGAAAAAGCGUCACCGCACCCACCACCUCACAAACCAACUACCUUGCAUGUUAACCACCCACCAAAACAAUCAGUCAGGAUUGAGACAUCCAUGCAUGACAACGGCUGCCCUGCAAGAAGCAAGGCUUGCCCCCCCAGGCUUCCUAAACCAGCACUAAAGCAACCAUCAGGUGGACCCGCGUCUUGUCGUAUUGCACCGUGCGCUGGGCAAGAAGUUUGUCACCAGCCGAUGGGCACUCAAGUAUCGAUCGUCCCUCGAGAGCAAGGCCGAUCGGAUAACUGCAAAUGCGAUCCAGACAAAUUAAAAGAACUAUUCGAAAAAGCUGCAAAGCAAAUGGCGUCAAUUAGUUGUGGCGACUCAAAUCCGAACGCCGCUAUUCGCAAGCGCAAAGCAACGUUACCUUGUUCAAAAGAUGGUGCCAAAGAAGGAAGUAAAGCCUCCACUUGCCUUACUGCACCCAAGAGAGGUGCCUGCCUAUGUGAUGAGAAUGAUGAAAAGAAAAAGAAAAAGAAGAGGAAAAAGCAAUGCCCAUGUCAGCGAUUCAUCACAGAGUCUAAAGGCUGCCAAUGCUGCAUUUGCAAAGGAAAAAGUAAAGAAAAAUGUGACUGUAACAAAGGAAAGAAAAAUAUCUGCGAAUGUCCUCCAGCCCCUGCAGAUCAAGAAAUACUCGACAUUUCGAGUUCACCAAAAGAGUUGAAAAUCGAUUACGAAAGACUAAAAUAUUUGAAAGAAGAAUUUGAUCAAAUCGACAAGCGGGAAAUGAUGGAGGAACUUAAAAUGAAGUCUAAUAUGACUCAGACCACAUCAGGUUUCAGAUUCAAGUUCAAGAAGAGGCCUUUACAUAGAAAACUGUCAUAUAUGGAUUCUGAAGAAAUGAGUUUUGAAGAUGCGUUGCAGUACUUUGAGGAGCAUCCGGAAGACAUUCCAACUCCUGAAGAAAGCGAUGCGAUUCCUAUUGAGGAUGCUUGUAAGUGUAAUGGUCCUCUGCCUCCACUCCCUCCUCCAUCGAAGACUGAUCCUGAUUGCAUCUGCCCGCCUGAUGAAACCGCCGGCGGCGCUGGUGGCGCGGGUGGCGCGGGUGGCGCCGCUGGCAAGGCAGGCACCGGAGCGGGAGAAAACGCCGAAGGAGCCGGCGGCGCUACUGCAGGUUCGGAAGCUGAAGAAGCUCUCAAAGGCUUCAAGAUAGUCAUUGGAGGUAAAGGAUCCGGAUCUAAAGGACUUACUGGAAUUUGCUGUUUUGAUCUCGUAGAGAUACAAAAUGUUUCACGUACUUCGUUCAAAUAAACCAAUCGCCAACAUUUACCAUGCCUCACUACAGAACUUCAAAGCAAGUGUUCCCGACUAUCGUCUGUCCA